GAAAACAUUCUUUAUUAUUGCAUUAAGUAAAAGAUACCUUAGCCCAUGAAAGCAACAGGCACUGCAAGUCAGUGUCGCAAGCACAGAUUCCUACUAACAUUGGAACCACUGCACUUCACUCUCGUGCAGGGCACCAAACAUUACUGGUGGCUUUCAGCCUCAAAUUGCUUCCUCAAGGCAUCCCUAAUCCUUGCAGCCCCGCGCUGGGCCCCUCGAAUAGCCCUGCUCUCUGGCUGUUCAAAUUCAGCCUCCAGGUGUUGAACCUCCGAGUUCCAUGCCUGAGUGAAUCUUUCACCCUUCCCUUCACAAAUAUUAUGGAGGGUACAGCACGCGGAUAUAACCGCGGGGAUGCUGUCAUCGACCAGGUCCAGCUUCCCAUACAGGCAGCACCAGCGGCCCUUUAAACUGCCAAAAGCACACUCCAGAGUCAUUCUGCACCAGCGCAGCCUGUUGCUGAACUGCUCCUUUCUGCUUUCAAGGCUCCCUGUGCAGGGUUUCAUGAGCCACGGCAUUAAAGGAUAAGCGGGGUCUCCAAGGAUCACAAUGGGCAUUUCGACUUCCCCCCAGUAUUGGGUCCAGCUCGUUGUAGAAACAGCAGGUCGCAGGGGCAGCAUUCAAAUUGGCAUUCCUCAGCAGUUCAGGCUCCAUUCCCGCGGACUGAAAGGGAAGACAGAGCGUGCAGUACAAGAAAUGUUGAAAGAUGGCGCCAACUGUGGACAGAAGCACAGGGAUUGCUGGGAUGUGAACCGAUGCAUCAUGGAGCGUUGGGACAGGACCCAGAAUGCCCCGCACCGCAUGCCCCCUUCCCACAAGCCACAGCCCCAGAAUGGGAAGGGUGCUGUGUGGGAUAGCUGCCCAUAAUGCACCGCUCCCAAUGCCACUGCAAGUGCCGCAAAUGUGGCCAUGCCAGUGCACGUGCAGCUGACCGUGUGAACACACUGCAGCGCUCUCCCUGCCGCGCUCUCCGAAGGCUGGUUUAACUCCCAGCGCUCUGCAUCUGCCAGUGUAGCCAGGCCCUUAGAGUCUUCUCUAAAAGAAACAGCUCCAGUCCUGCUGAGGGGGAAGGGUCUGUCCCAGCAGACUCCAGCAAUCUGGUGUCCCAAGUGAUCUGUAUCCGGGAAUGACACUGAAGAGAGUGUUCUUCCUGCUUUCUGUGAACUAGAGCAAAUGGAAUGGCCAAAACAAGCUAACAAACAAAGGCAGAGACAGCUGCUUCCGGCACCCGGAACCCGCCCGGCUCUGGACGCGGCUGGCUUGUGCGCUGCAAGGGGGCUGCUGAACUUAGUUAUCCCGAGGGGUGCGGGAAAGGGUCCUGCCAGGGGGGAAGAAAUAAAGCAGCCCGCCCUGGAAACCUUCGGCAGAGGACUGCAGGGAACUGCCCUGGGUCUGGGUGUCUUGGCCCCCCUGACUGCUGGAGGCUGCUGGCCUGGCCGGGCCCCUCCAGCUCAGCCGGGCGGUGGCUGUUUCUUUAAGCGAAAAUGCUAAUCUCGUCACGUGACCGCCUGGGUGACUUGACUUUCGCUUUCAAUUUCGGGCAGCGCUGCCAGAGGGAAGCCCCGGGCUCUGCUCGGAGCCCAGAGGUUUCUUCCCCGAAGGGCGAGGAGAAGCUGGGAAACUGCAGCGAUUUGGUAGCCGGGACUCAGCCCUGCAAUGGGAUCAACUGAAAGAGUCACUGACCGUGGAAAUCAUCGCACCAAACCCCGCGGAGUCUGAUCCCACCCUGGAGAUUGUAAAAUUUCUCCAGAAGGACCAAUCAGGCAGGUUAAUUUUGCUUCAAAAUGAUUCCUCACGUCCCCUCGUGUGUCCUGCUCAUUGCCUGGCCAGAUUGUUACUAACACAAAGAUUAACUAACCCUGUGCAAUUUGAUUUACACGUUAUGUAAACACUGCAGUACAAGGACGUUCACAAUGAUUGACACCCCGAUGCCUUUCAGAGCCUUGUCCGAGCGGCGUAACUCGGGAUUUGUGCGGCAGGCUGGGUUCGAAAUUUGUUUCUUUUGCGGGUACGUUUCAUUCAAGAACCCUGGGCCCGACCUUGUUCUCAGUGACGUCCCGGGGCGAUUUGUAACAAGUAACUUCCUGUAUUGAGAAUACCGGACAAGAUUUACUGUGCCACCCCCAGCUGUUCUGUCCUUCUGCCUCUUAACGUGACAGUUUCUACCUCUGCCUGUGGGGCUGAAUCCUGUUGUUUCUGAUCAUUUUCCUUUUUUCCCUUGAAAGUAUUUCCACAAUCAAUCAAGACAGAAACUUGCAUCCUGUUCUCCUUCUGAAGUGAGGGGGAAUGAAGCAUGUGCCUAAAGCAGACCAUGAGCUCAAGGGUGCUGCUGAAUAGGGGCUUCAUGACAUAAUUUAAAAAGAGGCAUAUUUACACAGCGGUUGACAGAUCGUCUCCUACUGUGUGAACGGUGUGGAGGGGAGAUUUCCUGAGGAAAUCUAUAGGACUAAAGGUAGUAAAAAAAUAAUUUUAAAACACAUUUACAACAAUAAUUCACUUUUGUUUUGUUUAAUAUUUUAUAGACUUUUUCAUUUUUAAUCAAAUAUUAUUGAAACAAAUUUUUUUUACAAUCAUUGUUACUCUUCUUUUAGCAAGAAUAGGGGAGGGGUCAAUAAAUUGUUUUGAUCAAUUUGAUUAGAAUUUCUUUUUUGAAUCAAUUUGAACUAUAUAUUCUCAUUUAGCAUCAUUUCAUUGAAAAAUUAGAAACAUUCCAAUCGUAGGAAAAUUCAUUUUUAAUGUUUUUUUUUAAUUCAUUUUCUAAUGAAAACAUCAUUUUCUUUAAACAUUUUUUAACAGCGGCCACUGGGAGCUGCAGGUGGCCGUGCAAAUGUAAACAAACUGGCAGCCCACCAGUGGAUUAGCCUGACAGGCCACGUGUGGCCCGCAGGUUGCCCACCACUGGUCUAACCUGUUGUGACGUUAUUGACAUGAACUGGGACCGUAUAGAUCAUUGUUACAACCAAGGUCCUGUAGUGGCACCAAAUCUUGUAUAAAGGGGUCAAAUAAAGUGUCUAAAACAAGGUUAUGGUUUGCUGGUUAGGGUUAUGCUAUCUGUUUGCAUGUAUCAUUUUUGUCUUAAAUCAUUGCAACUAUGUUACAUUCAAUACACUGUUUGUUUUCUCUCUUUUCUCUUGUCAUCUGGAUCAAGUAACAGUGAGAUGAAAGUUCUCUCAAUCUGCCACAGCUCCAGAGCCAGAACCCUUCUACCCCAUUUUAUCAUUUUCUUCAUUACGUUUUAUGUUCACAAGCUGGAAUCAGCCCGGUUCACAGUGAUUGGACCUGAUCACCCUGUCACUGCCAUCAUGGGUGAGGACAUUAUUUUACCCUGUCACUUGUCCCCCAAGAUGAGCGCUGAGAACAUGGAAGUGAGAUGGUUCCGAUCUGAGUUCACUUCGUUUGUGCACCUGUAUCAGCAUGGAAAGGAUGAGUAUGGGCAGCAGAUGCCAGAAUAUCAUGGAAGGACAGAGCUUUUGAAAGCUGGCAUUGUGGAUGGGAAUGUUGCCUUGGGAAUUGUCAAUAUCAGACUUUCUGAUGAAGGACAGUACCGCUGUUUUGUUCAAGAUGGUGUUUUUCAUGAAGAAGCUGUAUUGGAAUUGAAGGUAGCAGCUCUUCCCGGGGGCAGGUGUGUGUGUGUGAGAGAGAAAGGGCUUAAGGGUACCCUACAGGAAGGAAUUCCCAAGUGCGCCUUCCUGGGCUCUCAAAGGGGUUCUGCACUUGGGUGGUGGCAGCAUCUACCAAUCCAAGCUUCAGGCUCUGCACCUCGCAUCUCUGUUGAGGGUCACCAGGAUGGAGGGAUCCAAGUGGUGUGUCAGUCGGCCGGAUGGUACCCAGAGCCCGAGGCGCUGUGGAGAAAUCUCAAAGGGCAGCCUUUAUCUUCAUCAACUGAAACCAAAUCUGAAGAGCAACAUGGUCUCUUUGAAAUAAAAAAUUCUAUCGUUAUAACAGAAAAUUCAAACAAGAAUUUGUCCUGUGCCAUAAGGAACACCCACCUGAACCGAGAAAAAGAAUCAAUAACAUUUUAUAUAUCAGAUUCUUUUUUCCCAAGAGCAUCUCCCUGGAUGGUGGGUUGGAGUGUGACUUUGGUGAUUUUGUUGGUGUUCGUCGGCCUUACUCUUUUUCUGUUCAAAUUAAAAGGGAAACAUCUCAACACUAUCAGUAAACUUCAAACAGAGCUAGAGUGGAGGAGAUCCCUGGGUGAUGCAGCAAAUGUGACUCUGGAUCCAGACACGGCUCAUCCAGAACUUGUCCUGUCUAAGGAUCGGAAAAGUGUGAGAUGGGCAGACACAUGGCAGGAUGUGCCCGACCACAAGAAUCCUGAGAGAUUUGACAUUGAGCGCUGUGUGCUGGGCUGUGAGGGGUUCACCUCAGGGAGACAUUACUGGGAGGUGGAGGUGGGGGUGGGGCUACUCUGGGCUGUGGGGGUGGCCAGAGAGUCUGUGAGGAGGAAGGGAGGGAUCAGCCUUAGCCCUGAGGAGGGGAUCUGGGCUGUGGAUCAGAGGCAGGGCCAGUACCAGGCUCUCACCUCCCCUGUGACCCCCCUAGACCUGAGCCAGGCCCCCAGCAGGAUCCGGGUUUGUCUGGACUGUGAACAGGGGCAGGUGACAUUUAUCAAUGCUGGAGAUGAGGCCCCGAUCUUCACUUUCCCGCCGGGCUCCGUCCCUGGGGAGAGAAUCCGCCCUUGGCUCUGGCUGGGGAUGGAAAGCCAGCUCAAACUGUGUCCCUGAGAGACGGGGGGUAUAUCCCACUGGGGACCCUGAAAUCAGCCUGUCUAGCCUCACACACCCAAGUAUCUAUGAUCUUGGCAUCAUCCUGUCCACCCAGUCCUAUGGCCUCUUAAUUCUAUGUCCCCUGGAACCUCCUCCCCGCUCCUUCCCCGCAGCACAAAGAUGGGAUCUAAAGGGAGACACCCCACUCUCGGCCAGGGCUGUGACUUUGUGUUCUGUGAGCUUCUAAUUUCAAUGACUAGGGGUGGCAUCCAUGAAGGGACUUAGAUGUUGCAACUCUGGGCGUCACUGCACGUCAUCUUUAGGUGCCUAGAAGAUCACAGGAACAACACUAUGACCCACAAAGCCUGACUUAGGGACCUAGUCUCCCUAUACAAUGAAUGGAGACAGACAGAUACCUUAAAAUGCCAUCCACAAGAGCCGGCCUGCUAGGUGGGGAGCCAUCUAAACUAGCCAAUGGGAGAUGCGAACAACAGGGGUGUGUCCUAAGCCCCGCC